CGAAUUUCCGAAACGCGCUAGUGAAGUUUGGACCUCUUCGUUUUCCGUCCACGCUUCCCUUUUACCUCUUCACCCUCAUUGAAUUUUUUUUUCUACUUUAACUUUUAUUUUAAGUUUUGUUCUUGUUUGCCGGUGCUUUUGCGAGGUCUGCCUGUGACGGACUGACCUGCGCGCCUCUGCUCUUCCGUGAAGGUGUUUUCCGCGCGACAUGUUCACGAGCACCGGAUCCCGGGGACUCUACAAAGCUCCCCUGUCCAAAGGCCUGCUGCUCGUCCCCGGUGUCCUGGCCUGCUUGCUGACCCUGGGCUUCCCGCAGUACCAGGAGCUCUUCUCCUACAACCUGCAGGCGGUGCGGCACGACUUCCAGCUCUGGAGACUCGUCUGCGGGAGGCUGGUCUGCCUGGACCUGAGGGACACCUUCUGCAGCAGCCUCCUCAUCUACAAUUUCCGCGUCUUCGAGCGCCGUUACGGCAGCCGUAAAUUCGCUUCCUUCCUGUUGGGAACAUGGCUCCUCUCGGCACUCAUGGAAGUCCUGCUCGCCGAGGUCCUCCAUCGUCUCUUCCAGCUCAGAGCGGACGCGCUGCCUUCUGGCCCGCUGGCUGCGGUCUUUGCCCUCUUCGUUCCUUUCUUCCACUCCAUCCCCCGCGUGCAGGUCACGCAGAUUCUGGGCCAGCUCUCCAUCACCAACAAGUCCCUGGUCUACAUCGUGGGCCUCCAGCUCUUAACGUCCAGCCCCUUCAUGUGGAUCGUCGCUCUCGGCGGACUGGGCGCCGGCGAGCUGUACCUCGGCGACGUGCUCGGCGUGCAGCGCUUCCUCCGGGUGCCCGGUUUCGUGGCUCGCGCCUGCUCCCGCACCCUGGAGCCCCUGUUGUCGGGGUCCGAGCCGAACCGGGAGGCCGCCCUGGGUAUGGGGGCCACGCUGGACAUCCAGCGACAGCAGAGGAUGGACUUGCUGGACCAGCAGAUCCUGCUCUCGCAGUUUGCCCACAUGAGGAGGGGCCGCCAGCAGCAGGUCGGCCUGAUCAACUGGGACAGGUUCUUCCCAAAUCUGCGUCACAGGGGUCAGAACCUGGGGCGGCCGCAGCAACCCACGCCUCCACCGCCGCCGCCGCCGCAGCCGACCCCCGCCGCCAGCACGCCUGUGUCUGAGGAGCAAGUGGCCAGGCUGAUGGAGAUGGGCUUCUCUCGCCUGGACGCCUUGGAGGCCCUCAGAGCAUCCAACAACGACAUCAACAUGGCCACCAACUUCCUGCUUCAGCACUGAGGGGGAGGCCGGGGUGGCGUGACCGCACCUCUGGACACCUGCAGGUGGGAGGUGGACGUUCUCUGAGGUCCCGGUUGUCGCGAGAGAGAGAGAGAGAGAGAGAGAGAGAGCGAGAGAGGGACCUGGCGACCUGGUGACCUCCGCUGUGGAACUGCCUGAGGGUACUGCUUCCUUUGGCGCGGGUUCGGGUGGUUUGCUGAUGCCGAUUGGCCGUUCUUCCAUCAGAGCUGCGGGACUCAGGGGCUGCAGAAGUGGAAACCGGUGGCUCUUCCGGGGGGGUGGGGAUGUCGUUUAGGGCUCGGGUCGUUCUCGGCCUCGCCUGGUCCUCGUUCAGACCCCCCGGCGCAAUACGGCUCGCCCACCGGACUCUUCCAGACUGUUUGUGCGUUAUGAAGCCUCUCCACCGAAACAUCUUGGGAAUCCGAAUGAAGAAAUUAAUCAUCAAAAUCUGUCUUUAGUGGAGUUCAUGCCUUUAAGAGAAAUGUGUCUGUACAUAAUUAAUACUGGUAACUACAGUCUACAUAAUUUGGCUGAAUUGAAAGUGAUAAAAAAUAUAAGUUUGGGCUAUUUAACAGUGAACGAUUGUUGUUUAGAUUCUGCUCGUACUGUAAGUGGAAUACGUGUGUGUCGCUUUUCAUCUGUCUUCUUUAUGAUGUCAACGAACGGACCGCAGGUAUAAAUUAAACUGGUUUUGGUUUACUGGAAAAGAAGAGCAUCUUUACUGAGUUGCAAACAGCGGGGAAGGCGCUGCUUCCUCCUUUCGUCACGCUGUCGUUCAUUGCGGAGUCCGUCGAGUCAGUCUCUUAUUUGUGUGUUUAGAAAUUGUCGGAAGAGCAGAGAGCAGAAGAGAAGGGUCCUUCCUCCAGCUUCCUGUGUAGUACCGCACAGGUGGAAAAACGGGUCCGUUUAAUAGUAGAGGUUCAGCUUUCGGAGCGGAACCAAAUGGACCCGAUCGGACCGGUCAGGGAUAGAAGUGUCUCCCUUAUCCAUCCUUUCUCCGAACAGCCCUCAUACACACUGGCAUCAUCAUGAUGACUGUGCACCUUGUGUAUCUGGACAUAGAGUAAAUCAUCCCGAACAAUGAAUGCUUGUAUCUAUUGCUGCUGGAAAGUUUGUUUUUUUUUUUUUUUUUUUUUUUCCU